AUGACGUUUGUCUUCGAGGCCCGACGUCUUUUCUUUGGCGACGCCCUGGGCCCGCUGCACGGCCCAAGUCCCGUGGACCCCGGCAGCGCGGACGCGGCACGGCUGGAGGAGCUCCCGCGGUGGAAGCGGCGGCUGCUGCCGCACGUGCUGGACGUCGUGCGGCAGUUUUACGACCCGGCCGCUUCCACCGCGGGAGCGGCGGCCGAGGAGCUGCAGGGCUGGAUGGUGGCGCUCCGCAUCGUGGAGGAGCUGCCGGAGCUGGAAGUGGCCUACGCCCGCGCCCUGGAGUUCCGCGAGCGACAGCGCACGGGCGAGAUGACGGAGGAGGAGCUGAUGAUGGAGGAGCUGCUGCGGGAGCGCAUGGGCGGCGACUACGGCUGGGAGGCACGCCGCGACGACGACGGCGGCGGCGACGGCGGCAGUUCGUCCGACGACGCGGAUGGGCAGGCCGACGAAGUGGACCUCGCGAUGUGCUUCGGCCUGGACGGCGCGGUGGUGAGCAUUGGCUCCGCCGACGUGUUUGGCGGCCACGGCUACCAUGCGCUGCGGCAGCCGUGA